AUGGGUGAACAAUAUCAUAGUAGAAGAUAUGUGCUUGGAGAAAUUGAUUUGAAUAUUCUUCCGACAUUGGAAGUUACGAAUGAAGUUGAUGAAAUAGCUGAGGAAGUUAAUACGCAUGUGAGCCAGAAAAACCUCACAAAUGAACAAAAGAGAGAUGUAGAAGAGGCUAACAUGGCAAUACAACUUAUGGACAACAAUCGAGUGGAAGCCAUCAUUGGAACAAUGGAAGUGCCAGAAGCAGCUCUACUCUCCGUCAUUGAUAAAUCCGCCAACAACAUCUGCUACAUAUUCUUAACUUCACCUGCCAUAAACCCACAACCGAUGCUAGAACAAUUGGCGUCUUUUGUCCAAAUCUCUAACGACAUCAGCUUGCACAUGCAAUGCAUCGCUGCCAUCGUGGGCUACUUCAAAUGGCGAAAAGUAACAGCAAUUCAUGAAAACACCCAUCCUUUUUCUCCUCAUUCAGAAUUUAUAACUUCCCUCUCCGAUUCACUUCGGGUUGUUGACUCUCAAGUUGAACAGCACUUAGCUUUUCCUUCCUUUUCUUCUCUCUCAAACCCAAAAGCUGCAAUAAGAGAAAAACUAAGCAAGAUGAGAAGCAAGAGUAAUAAAAUCUUUAUAAUAGUUCACUCAUCAUUGGAGUUAGCUAUCCUGAUUUUUCAGGAGGCAAAGAAAAUGGGUAUGAUGGAAAAAGGUUAUGUAUGGAUUGUUCCGGAUGAGAUUGCAAGCCUAAUUGAUUCUCUUGAUUCGUCUGAUAUUAACAAUAUGCAAGGUGUACUUGGUUUCAGAACCAAAUUUAUUGAUUCUAGCAAGUCCGUUAGACAUUUUAAAACUCGGUUUCGGAGAAUGUACGAGAUAAAAUACCCCAAAGAAGAAGAGUAUUCUAACCCAAGUAUCUUUGCCCUCCGAGCUUAUGAUGCAACUUGGACUAUUGCUAAAGCCAUGCAGAAAUCACAAGCAAAAGUUAUAUCAAAAACAUUAUCAAAAGACAUACUCUCCACCAACUUUGAAGGUCUGAGCGGAAGGAUUAGAUUCGAAAAUGGAAAAUUAGCGCAAAAUCUGACAUUUCAAAUUAUUAAUGUGGUGGGUAAAAGCUACAGAGAGAUAGCUUUCUGGUCACCAUCGCUUGGGCUCUCAGGGAUCAGCUCUGGCAACAAUUCUGUGAUAGAGUUGGGCCCAAUUUAUUGGCCUGGAAGAAUGCAAACAAUUCCAAAGGGUUGGAAUUCAGGCGAAGAGGACAAACCAUUGAGAAUAGGGGUUCCAGCCAAAGGUGCCUUUAAUCAGUUUGUCAGUGUAAGUUAUGAUCAAAACCGCAGUGGACCAUCUAUCUCUGGAUUUUCUGUUAAGGUGUUUGAAGCAGCAGUGAAGCGUCUACCUUACCAUUUGAAUUAUGAAUUUGUUCCCUUCAAUGGUUCAUAUGAUGAAAUGGUGGAUCAAGUCUAUUACAAGGGCCUGGAUGCAGCUGUUGGGGAUAUAGAUAUAAUGGCAGAUCGAUAUCCUUUUGCGGAGUUUACACAGCCAUACGUGGAAUCCGGACUUCAGAUGGUAGUCCCUGUAAAACCAGAAAAGAUAAAGGACACAUGGCUCUUCAUGAAGACCUUUACAUUAAAAAUGUGGCUGCUAAUGGCAGGAAUGCACCUGUUCAUAGGUUUCGUUAUCUGGUUAAUUGAACGUGAAGACAACCUUGAGCUCAAGGGGUUUGGAUCAAUGCUUUGGUUUUCUGUCACCGUUAUAUUCUUUGCACAAAGGGAACCACUUCGGAAGAAUUGGUCUCGAUUUGUGCUUGCACCAUGGCUGUUUGUAAUUCUGAUUGCAUCAGCAGGUUUUACUGCAAAUCUCACCUCAAGUUUGACCAUGGCACGCAUGCAACCAUCUAUCCCUGAUAUUGAGACACUUCAGAAAACUAAUGCCGUUAUAGGAUGCGAUGGUAAUUCGUUUAUUGUAAAAUAUUUAACAAAUGUUUUAAAGUUCAAGGCAGAGAAUGUGAGGAAGAUUAAUUCGAUAAAUGAUUACCCAACUGACUUUGAGAGGGGAGAUAUUGCAGCCGCUUUCUUCGUUGUUCCACACGCAAAAGUUUUCCUUGCAAAAUUUUGCAAGGGCUACACAACAGCAGGGCCAACCCUAAAUCUUGGUGGAUUUGGAUUUGUGUUUCCAAAGGGUUCUGCUUUGUCGUUUGACAUUUCGGAGGCAAUCCUCAGAGCAACAGAGAGCGGAGAAAUUAAGCAAUUACAAGAAGACAUGUUGGCCUCAUAUAAAUGCUCCUCUACCACUGACAUAGUUGAUAGUACACGUUUAGGUCCUCAGCCGUUCGCUGGCCUGUUUUUCAUUUCAGGUUCCUUUUCAGGUUUGGCCUUCUUAGUUACCAUUUGGCGUCUUGCAGAAAGGCGUUUGCACAUUCUCAACUUAAUUCAAGUCGCAUUAGUAGACAGACGAGUUUGGAGACGUCUCAUUUCGGUCUAA